AUGGUCCGAUUCCAACCGAGUAAUAUCCUCGGCGACCCGUUCGCUCUCGUCACCACCGCCAUCGCCAUGAUGGCCUGGAUGAUCGCCUUCAUCUCAUCCAUCGUUGCCGACGUCAUUGGCGGUUACCCAACCUACUCGUGGUGGGCCAUUGCCUACAUGCUUUGCUGCAUCGGUGGCUUGGUCGUGGUCUUUGGCACUGACACUGGUCUGGUCUACGGCGUGGCGAUUGUCGGUUACCUGGCUGCCGGGCUCGUGUUCACGACCCUCUCGGUGAACUCGCUGGUCUACUCCGAGAAUCCCGCCUCGCAGGCUGCCGGCGCCGGCUUUAUUCUCCUGUCCAUGGUCAUCAUCGCCUGGAUCUUCUACUUCGGAUCCACCCCGCAUGCCUCGCACCGUGGGUUCAUCGACUCGUUCGCCCUGCACAAGGAACAGCCGCCCACGCCGUUCGGCGGCGUCCGCCCGAUGUCGACCGCAUUCGCGACCCGCCCCGAGACCACCUCCACGCAACCGCAGAUGUACACAUCCGCCCAGCUGAACGGAUUCGAGACCUCGUCCCCCGUCUCCGGCUACCCGGGCGGUGCCCCGGGCGACAACCGGAGCUCGCAAGCCCGGUUCGGCAACCCGUCGACGACGAACCUGGGCACGGGCAGCACGCCCGACGUGGUGGGCGAGGUGCCGCAACCGACCGAGUACCCGUACCGAGCCAAGGCCAUCUACUCGUAUGACGCCAAUCCCGAAGACGCCAACGAGAUCAGCUUCAGCAAGCAUGAGAUCCUGGAGGUGUCGGACGUCAGCGGGCGAUGGUGGCAGGCGCGGAAAUCAACAGGGGACACGGGAAUUGCCCCGUCGAACUAUUUGAUCUUGCUGUGA